AUGAAGCAAUGGCGUCAUUGGCGUCGCUCUCGUCUUCGGGUCUCCUUGCCGAACCUACGGUCUUCUCCGUCCCGAGUCUUGAGCACAGCAAGGCCGCUCCUCAGCUCUGGUCACGAUCCUCGCAUUCGCGAUCUUGGGCGGCGUAUACACGAUGACUAUGCUACUAUCCGCGAGACUUACGCAACGCCAAAGUACCCCAUAGUUCUGGCUCACGGCCUAUUCGGCUUCUCCGAGCUCAGGGUCUCGCCUCUUCUCCCAACCAUCGAAUACUGGAACGGCAUCAAGCAAGCCCUCACAGCGAACAACUGCACCGUCAUCACCGCCUCCGUCCCACCAUCCGGCUCAAUCGAGGAGCGCGCCGCCAAGCUCGCCGCCGACAUCCUCGCGCAAACCACAGCCUCCCUCUCCAGCGCCCACGAUGGCCAGCCGCCCGCCGUCAACAUCAUCGCCCACAGCAUGGGCGGCCUGGACGCGCGCUACAUGAUCUCCCUGCUGCGCCCGUCCGGCAUCAGGAUCGCGUCGCUCGUCACCAUUGCCACGCCGCAUCGCGGGAGCGCCUUUGCGGACUACCUGGUCGAGCGCGGCGCCGGGCCGCUCCACCUGCCGCGGCUGUACGGCGUGAUCCGGCGCGCUGGCCUGGGGACCUCUGCGUUUGGGCAGCUGACGACGCGGUACAUGCGGGACGAAUUCAACCCGCGGGUGCGCGACGACGAGGCUGUGAGGUACUUUUCGUACGGCGCGGCCAUCGACGAGCCGUCGCUGUUGGGGGCCUUUCGGCUGCCGCACAAUGUCGUGGACAGGAGGGAGGGCGAGAAUGACGGGCUAGUCAGCGUCGAGAGCAGUCGCUGGGGGAUGUACAAGGGGACACUGAUGGGAGUAAGUCACUUGGAUCUCAUCAAUUGGUCGAAUCGUGCGCGGUGGACGGUGCGUGAGUGGAUGGGCAUGAGGAGGACGUUCAAUGCUGUAGCGUUUUACCUAGACGUGGUUGACAUGUUAGCCAAGGAGGGCUUGUGA